GCUACAACACAACGCUGUACUCUGAUGGAGCCGCCAGUCUGUGUGUGUGAGUCCGGCAGAGCCUUGUGAGGAAACCACGCUGCGGGUCUGCACCGACGCUAACACAUUUCUUCUUCUACCGGCGGGUGAUGGCGAGCCUGGCUGCGGCUUGGAGGCUCGCACCGUAGAGCCGCACCGGAGGAAGGUUGACUGCGGAACCCGAAGGAAUGCAACGCUGCCGCACUGACACGGUCCGCUGAAGUUACCGGAGGUCAGUUCAGAUGCUGACGCCCCGGCUCUGCUGUGAAGUUUACGCGCUGCAUUCGCAAUCAGCUGCUACGUCCAAGGUGUCCACUUUGAAUGAAUGACGCCACCUCUUAACAGGUCCUUCCUGCAGAGAGGCUCCCCUGCAUUAAAGGGACUGAAACAACUAACACUGCAUUUGUGAUUUCCCUUACAACCUUGUUCUGAGCGCAUUUGGAGUCGUUUUUCCCCCUCUUCUUUCCGUGGAUGUGAGUGGAGCGCAUCAACAACUGCCACAGAACCAGGAGAUCCAGUUUAAAAAUGAAGAGACCCUGUCAGGCGGCCGCCUGUUUCCUGAUCUCAUUCUGCAUUCCCUCGUGAAGUCAUCUCACAGUCCUAAAACUGCUCCCAGGCUUGUCCAGUACAGCACAAGCAGAAACAUGUGAAGGUUCUUGUGAAAGUUCGACCCGCAAGUUGGUCUUCAUCAACAAAAAGGCAACGAUCACCCUUCUCUUCCUCUAAACCAUUCUGUCUGCUUAUUCAGCGGUUUCCUUGCAGGACAAGUGAACAUGGAUGGUCAAAAGGUCAAAGACAGAACUUUUACACAUUGUCCCAAGAUGGGAGCAGUUGCGACUCUUUUGUUCUUCUGGCUUUUAGCGGUUCCUGCCACAGAUGGGCAGACCUUCAAUAGUUUCCACCCAGAACGACGAGAUUGGGUUUUUAAUCACCUGACUGUUCACCAAGCCACUGGUGCAUUAUAUGUUGGAGCAGUCAACCGUGUGUACAAGCUGUCAGGCAACCUCACCCUCCUUGUUUCCCAUGAUACAGGCCCAAAGGAUGACAAUAAGGCCUGCUACCCUCCUCUAAUUGUACAGCCCUGUUCUGAGCCCCUUGUACCCACCAACAAUGUCAACAAGCUCCUCCUCAUUGAUUAUUCACAAAAUCGGCUGCUGGCCUGUGGCAGCCUCUACCAAGGUGUGUGUAAACUCCUCAGAUUGGAUGACCUAUUUAUCUUAGUGGAGCCUUCCCACAAGAAGGAGCACUACCUCUCCAGUGUCAAUCAGACAGGGACCAUGUAUGGGGUGAUUGUGCCGUCACAGGGCCAGGAUGCAACACUUUUUAUCGGCACAGCAGUGGAUGGUAAACAAGACUAUUUUCCCACUCUUUCCAGCCGAAAGUUGCCACGUGAUCCGGAAUCUUCUGCCAUGCUUGACUACGAGUUGCAUACUGAUUUUGUGUCCUCUCUUAUAAAGAUACCGUCAGACACACUAGCGCUUGUCUCACACUUUGACAUCUACUAUGUUUAUGGCUUUGCAAGUGGAAGCUUUGUUUACUUCCUGACUGUUCAGCCAGAGACACCGGAGAACAGCAUGUCAUCAAGCGGAUCCAGCAGCGAUCUCUUCUACACGUCCCGCAUUGUUCGUCUCUGUAAGGAUGACCGCAAAUUUCACUCCUACGUCUCUCUGCCCAUCGGCUGUGUGAAGAACGGCAUUGAGUAUCGCCUGCUGCAGGCUGCUUACCUCGGCAAGCCGGGGCGCAUUCUCGCUGCUUCGCUCAACUUAAGUGUCCAAGAUGAUGUGCUGUUCACAGUCUUCUCCAAGGGCCAGAAACAGUUCCAUCGACCACCAGAUGACUCAGCGCUCUGCGUCUUCACCAUCCGAGACAUCAAUGCGAGAAUCAAGGAGCGCCUGCAGUCCUGCUAUCAGGGAGAAGGAAACCUGGAGCUCAACUGGCUCCUUGGGAAGGAUGUGCAGUGCACUAAAGCGCCUGUGCCCAUCGAUGACUCCUUCUGCGGCCUGGACAUCAACCAGCCACUUGGCGGCUCUCAGCUGGUGACCGGCCACACACUCUACACUGAGACUCGGGACCGCAUGACCUCUGUGACCUCCUAUGUCUACAAUGGCUACUGUGUUGCUUUUGUGGGUACCAGGAGUGGACGUCUAAAGAAGAUUCGCGUCGAUGGUCCUCCUCAUGGUGGCGUCCAGUAUGAGACAAUCUCAGUCAUAAAGGACGGCAGUCCCAUCCUCCGAGACAUGGUCUUCUCUCUAGACCGCAACUUCCUCUAUGUCAUGUCUGAUAGACAGGUUACCCAGGUUCCUAUUGAAUCCUGUGAGCAGUAUGGGACCUGUGGAGAGUGUCUGAGCUCUGGAGAUCCCCACUGUGGCUGGUGUGUCCUGCAUAAUAUAUGCUCUCAAAGGAAUCGAUGUGAGCGUGCAGAUGAGCCGUAUCGUUUUGCUGCCUCUCUCAGCCAGUGUGUGAAGGCCACCGUCUUUCCUGACAGCAUUGCAGUGUCCGAACCUAGCGUGCCUCUGCUGGUGAAGGUGAGCGAUGUCCCAGACCUUUCUGUGGGCAUCACCUGCUCCUUUGGCAACUUGACAGAGAUUGAGGGAAACGUAAACGGCAACCAGAUACUCUGUGUGUCUCCUGCUGCGAAGGACGUCCCGCUCAUACCGACUGACCAAGACUGGUCAGGUGUUGAGCUGAGGCUCAACUCUAAGGAGACUGGUCAGAUGCUCAUCAGCACUGAGAUUAAGUUUUACAACUGUAGUGUCCACCAGCUGUGUCUGUCAUGUGUGAACAGUGCCUUCCGCUGCCACUGGUGCAAAUACCGCAACUUGUGUACCCAUGACCCCUCCAGCUGCUCCUUCCAGGAGGGACGAGUCAACACCUCUGAGGACUGUCCCCAGCUGGUGCCCUCGGAGGAGAUUCUGAUCCCAGCAGGGGAGGUGAAGCCAAUCACCCUAAAGGCCAAGAACCUGCCACAGCCCCAGUCUGGCCAGCGAGGCUAUGAAUGUGUCCUCCACAUCCAGGGGGUCAGCCAUCGAGUCACCGCCCUUCGCUUCAACAGCUCCAGCGUACAGUGCCAGAACAGUUCGUAUCUGUAUGAGGGAAUGAGGAUCAGUGAGCUGCCUGUGGAUUUUUCAGUGGUGUGGAAUGGCAACUUCAUUAUUGACAACCCAGAGAAUAUACAAGUGCACCUGUAUAAGUGUGCAGCCCAGCGGGACAGCUGUGGCAUGUGCCUGAAGGCAGACAGGAAGUUCCAGUGUGGCUGGUGUAGCGGAGAGGGAAGGUGUACACUGCGACAUCACUGCCCUCUCAUCAACCCUUACACCACUCGCUGGCUCAACCUGUCCUCCAAAAACGUGAAGUGUACCAACCCACGCAUCACUGAGGUGACUCCGAUGGCUGGACCACCAGAGGGGGGAACUCGGGUGACUAUCUAUGGCACAAACCUUGGCCUUGCUUUCUCAGACAUGGUGGACAACGUAGAAGUGGCAGGUGUCAGAUGCACUCCUGUGGAGAAAGGCUAUAUUAUUGCUGAACAGAUCGUGUGUGAGAUGUCUGCGGCUUCAGCAGACAACAGACCCGGCCCGGUCCAGUUGUGUGUGGGUGAAUGCAGACCAGAACUCAAGACUCGCUCCUCACAGCUCUACUCCUUUGUGACUCCAACUGUCACAGGCCUGUCCCCGAGCAGAGGUCCAGAGUCUGGAGGCACUAAAGUCACCAUAAUGGGAGAAAACCUUGGCGCUGGCAGCAGUGUCAAUGUUCAGUUUGGAAACCAGACGUGCGAGUUCUUCGGGCGGACCAUGAAGGAGAUAGUCUGUUACUCGGCCCCAUCCCUGUCCGGGGUCAGCUCAGUUCAGAUCAGUGUGAGCGUGGAUAAUGCCCAAAUCAGAGAGAGCCUCACCUUCGAGUACAUAGAGGACCCCACUGUCCUGCGGAUCGAGCCGGACUGGAGCAUUGCAAGUGGCCACACCCCUCUGAUGGUGACAGGAACCAAUUUGGAUGUGGUCCAGGAACCCAGAAUUCGGGUGAAGUACGCUGGCCGGGAGUCUGUCAAUGUGUGCAAAGUGCUGAACAGCACCACCAUGAGUUGCUUUGCUCCCUCCCUCAUGGCAGAGUACCUUCCAGGUUUGGACGCAGUGAAACAUGCGGAUGAGUUUGGCUUCAUCUUCAACAACGUCCAGGCGCUGCUGGUCUACAACAACACCAACCUUAUAUACUACCCAAAUCCUUUCUUUGAGUCCCUCAGCACCUCAGGUAUCCUGGAGCAAAAGCCUGGUUCACCAAUCAUCCUCAAGGGCAGAAACCUGAUUCCCCCAGCCUCUGGAGGGGCGAAGCUUAACUACACUGUACUGAUAGGCGAGACUCCCUGCUCUGUCACCGUGUCUGAGAGCCAACUGCUGUGUGAGCCUCCCAACCUCACAGGCCAAUAUAAAGUUGUGGUUCAAGUUGGAGGCCUCCACGUGUCUCCAGGUGCGGUGCACAUCAUGUCUGACAGCCUCCUGACCCUCCCCGCCAUCGUUAGCAUCGCAGCAGGUGGCGGUCUCCUCCUCAUCAUCGUCAUCCUCGUGCUCAUCGCCUACAAGCGGAAGUCGCGGGAAAACGAUCUCACCCUGAAGCGCCUGCAGAUGCAAAUGGACAACUUGGAGUCCCGCGUUGCUUUGGAAUGCAAAGAAGCCUUUGCAGAGUUGCAGACAGACAUCAAUGAGCUUACCAGUGACCUCGACAGGGCCGGUAUUCCCCAUCUGGACUACAGAACAUAUGCCAUGCGAGUCCUCUUCCCCGGCAUUGAGGAUCAUCCUGUCCUGAGAGAACUUGAGGUGUCAGGCAAUGGCCAGCAGAAUGUGGAGAAGGCCCUGAAGCUGUUUGGUCAGCUCAUCAACAACAAAGUGUUCCUGCUCACCUUCAUACGAACACUUGAGAUGCAGCGCUCUUUCUCCAUGAGGGACCGUGGCAACGUGGCCUCGCUCAUCAUGACGGCCCUGCAGGGGCGUCUGGAGUACGCCACUGAUGUUCUCAAACACCUGCUGUCGGACCUGAUCGACCGCAACCUGGAGAGCAAGAACCAUCCCAAACUGCUGCUGCGCAGAACAGAGUCGGUUGCUGAGAAGAUGCUCACGAACUGGUUUGCCUUCCUCCUUCACAAAUUCCUCAAGGAGUGUGCAGGGGAGCCGCUGUUCAUGCUGUACUGCGCCAUCAAGCAGCAGAUGGAAAAGGGACCCAUUGACGCCAUCACCGGAGAGGCCCGCUACUCCCUGAGCGAAGACAAACUCAUCCGCCAGCAGAUCGAGUACAAAACCCUGAUCCUAAACUGUGUAAACCCAGACAACGAAAACAGUCCAGAGAUCCCCGUGAAAGUGCUGAACUGUGACACCAUCACACAAGUGAAGGAGAAGAUACUUGAUGCCGUUUACAAGAACAUGCCCUAUUCUCAGCGGCCGCGGGCCGUCGACAUGGACUUGGAGUGGCGUCAGGGUCGAAUGGCUCGUGUGGUGCUGCAGGAUGAAGACAUUACCACUAAGAUCGAAAAUGACUGGAAAAGACUCAACACACUCUUGCACUACCAGGUCUCUGAUCGCAGCGUGGUAGCUUUGGUCCCCAAGCAAACCUCAUCAUAUAACAUUCCUUCUUCAGCGAGCAUAACCCGUACCUCCAUCAGCAGAUAUGAUUCUUCGUUCCGUUACACAGGCAGUCCAGACAGCCUCAGGUCACGUGCUCCAAUGAUCACGCCGGACCUGGAGAGCGGUGUAAAGGUCUGGCACUUAGUGAAGAACCAUGAACAUGGAGACCAGAAGGAAGGCGAUCGAGGCAGCAAGAUGGUUUCUGAGAUUUAUCUAACCCGGUUGCUAGCAACUAAGGGAACUCUCCAAAAAUUUGUCGAUGAUCUGUUUGAGACAUUGUUCAGUACGGUUCAUCGAGGGAGUACGCUUCCCCUAGCCAUCAAAUACAUGUUUGACUUCCUAGAUGAACAGGCAGACAGACAUGGUAUUUAUGACACAGAUGUUCGUCACACAUGGAAAAGCAACUGCCUUCCACUUCGUUUCUGGGUGAAUGUGAUCAAGAACCCACAGUUUGUAUUUGACAUCCAUAAGAGCAGCAUCACGGACGCCUGUCUAUCUGUGGUAGCUCAGACCUUUAUGGAUUCCUGCUCAACUUCAGAGCACCGGCUGGGCAAAGACUCGCCUUCUAAUAAACUGCUCUACGCUAAAGAUAUCCCUAAUUAUAAGAGCUGGGUAGAAAGGUACUACGCUGAUAUCACCCGGAUGCCGGCUAUUAGUGAUCAGGACAUGAAUGCAUAUUUGGCUGAGCAGGCCAGACUCCACUCUACAGAGUUCAACAUGCUCAGCGCUCUCAAUGAGAUCUACUCUUAUGUCAGCAAGUACAGUGAGGAGAUUGUUUCAGCCCUAGAGCAGGAGGAGCAGGCAAGGAAACAGAGGUUGGCCUACAAGGUGGAACAGCUCAUCUCUGCCAUGUCUUUGGAGAGCUGAAGGUGAAUGCUGCCAAAGCAAAGAAGAGGAGAGAAGGGACCGAUGGACCUGCUUAAAAGGUCACUACUUACCUCUCAUCGUGGGAAAUUUCAACCACGAUCUGGACCUCUGUACAUCUACAGCCGGACAAACACAACUGCUUUAGUUUGCGAUUCUUUUCCCCUGCCAUUACGAUGAGACUGACACAGAGGCUCUCCAGCUGGAAAUAAUAAUGUUAUACAUAAGGGACAUUGAGUUUGUUGGUUUCGUUUUCCUCAAAGGAUCCUCUCUAGAUUUGGCAGGAAAUUGCAUGUCAUGUGGGUGUUCACAUGUGUGGGUGUGCAUGAGAGUGUGUCAUAUUGAGGAAGACUCGUGUAAGACUGUGAAGGCAAAUGGAGAAACAGAUUUAGCCUCCCAACCCCCAUCUGAGCGAGAAAAAAAAAAAAAAAGAAGAAAAAACGAAGGUGAAAGGCC